GGCGGCCAUAUUGAAUAUCCCGUUUGACACUUGUUUUUGUCUCGGCCAAGUUUACAGAUUUAUGUCAGAUAACUUUAUGUUUGGAGCGAAGGACUUUUGUGGUUUUCCCUCCAGCCGAUGCAGGGCGUCUGUCCUUGUAUUAGUGUCGUCCUAACCGAGGGAUGGAUGAAGAUGAACGCCAGAGGAAACUGGAGGCUGGGAGAGCUAAGAAAUCCUUCAACAUGCCACAGAGACAGCUGCUUGCUAGCUUCCGACAGAGACGGGCGAAAAGCAGCGGUGCGGGGGCGGCGAAAAAGACGGCGAAGAGGAAGGGCCAGGCUGUCUCGCAGGAUGACGGUGCGACACAAGACCCCAGCAUAGAGCCCACGCUGCUUCUGCCGGCCGAUGGUAAAAAGACAGACGAGAACUCCGUCCAUGAGGAGGCGCCAAGUCCUAACAAUGCUAAGGUUCAGCCACUCAGCGCGGAGCCAAGCUUCUCUCCUGUUGACGAGCUAGGGGACAAAGAGCUGUUUGUCCUGACUAGUAACGAAGAGCUACAGCAAUUGAAGCAAGCUGUGGAAAAGCGCAACGAGAUCAUUGCCAAGCUCAGCUCCAACCUGCAGAAGGAUCUAAGCAGCAGAGAUGAGGUCCAACUGGAAGUGCAGUCACUAACUGGUCAGAUCCAAGCACUGCAGAAACAGCUACAGCAGACAAGCGUGGGCUUUCUUCGCCUUAAAAAUCAGCCCAGAGGAGAGGUCUCUCAUGAGAAACAGCAGCAUGGCUCCCAAAAUGAAGACCUCAGCCUGGAGGACAUCUCCAUGGAGCAGUCUGCAAGCGAAGGCCUUUGCUUUCAAACGGGCGCAGAAGGCUUAUUAGGCACGCAUAGUGAGAUUGAGACGGAAAACGUCCUGCACGAACUGAGGGCCAGGCUGCAAGAGGAAAAGGAGAAGACCUUUCGCGCAAGCGCCGAACUGGAACAGGAGAGGGCGAAUCACCAACAUGUGAUUUCUUUACUGGAGGAACAAAAGAGAGGCUGGGAAGAGGAGUGUAACAAGAGGGAGGUGCAGUUGCAGCAGGCCAAAGAGGAGAAGGAGGUGCUCAACAGAGAAGUGCUUGAGCUGAGGAACAGACUUGAGCAGGAAAACAAGGCAGUGAGGAGAUUGGGCGAGGAGGAAACCAAAUUCACUCUCCGUCUCCAGAGCCUCGAGGAUGAGCGACUCCGACAGGAGGAGGAGAUGAGGAAGUUGGAGGAGGAGAUGAAGAAGCUGAAGGAGGUGCACAAAGAGGAGCUGGAGAGAGUUAGCCAGUUGUUGGACGAGAGCAUCAAAGAACUUCAGCUGAGAGAGGAAGGCUUUGGGGGACUUAAAGCUUCUAAGGAUCUUCAGAACCAAGCAAAAGCUGCGUGUUGCAUUGAUGAAACCAAUGAGGACACAAUGAAUCUAUCGCCACAUAAGGAACGUCUGACAAAGCGCUAUUUUUCUUUUUCCUUUGCACAGUCUUCUUUGGUUCAUGGACAUAUCGAUUCCUGCAGUCAGCGAGACGUCUCUACAGACCAAAGCUUUGAGCUGAACAGCGGAAUGUUUGGCGAUGAACCUCUUCUCUCUAUUUCCAACUGUGCCCCAAAAGAGAACUCUCAUGUCUACAACAGCUCCCCUCGCGUCCCACUGGCUGACAAUUCCAAUGCCCCCUGGCUAAACAACUCCACUUCCCACCCGUUGGAGGCGAGCAACGUUUCUCAGCAGCUUUUCGACGGGACUGACCUUCAAAAAGAGCUGUUGUACCAGCAGUGCGAUGAUCUGCGUCAGGAACUGGCGAUGAAGGACCAACACUUGACUGUGUUGAACGAGGAAGUCAUCAAGAUGGCUGAAGAGCUGAAGGAAGCUCGAAGCAGGUGGGCUCAAGUAACAGAGGAGCUCAUGGAAGCUCGCCAGGAACUCGAGGAGAAGGACAUGAGGAGAUAUACCGAGGAGGAGAUGAAUUCGGAAACUCUCAAACAAGACAGCCUUAAGAACAAACUCGGUGCCUUUUUGGAGACAAAAAAGACGGAGGUAGACGUCUCUCCGGAAUCUUCCCUGCUGCUUGUCUUUUCGGAAGGGGAAGGUGAACGUGUCGAGGAGCUCGAGGAGGAUCAGGAAAGCUCCCAAUCACAGCAAAACCAGCAGGAGGUGCGGGAAGCAUUGCAACAGGAGAUUAAGGAGAUGACAGAGGUUAAUUCACAGAAUGACAACCAACUACAAAUGUUAAAGGCCAAUUCCGAUGACCUCAUCAUGGAGCUGGAAGAGACCAAAAGAAAGCAACAAACCACAUCCACCCUACUUGACAAAAGGACCUUAGAGAUGGACAAAGCGCUUGAAGACCUCCAAAGUACACAUGCUCAGCUGCUAACUGUCCAAGCGGAGGUAGAGAGCCUCCAGGGAGAGCUGGAGAAACGGCAGAGCAGUUUGCAAAGUGCAGAGAAACUGAGGAGUGACCUGGAAGCUAAGAUUAUAUGUCUGGAGGAGACCCGACAUCUGGCAGUGCAAGAAAUGGAGAAGCAUUUAAGAAAGGAAGAGGAGAUGGGUGAACAGGUAAAGAAGAUAGAACAGGUGCUUCAAGAGGAACUUAAACAGUUUGAGAGCACGCUUCAAGCCAAGGAUGUAGAGCUGGCCGAAGAGAGAGAAAAAUGGGAAAACGAGAAGCAGGAGAAAGAUAAAGAACUUGGAGACUUGAGGGAAAUUUUAGAGGAGCUGAGAAUCGAGAGGGAGGAAGAGGUGAAGGCUCUACUGGACAGGCAGAUCUCAGCUGUAGAGGAAGCUACAGAAAGACUUGAGGCACGUCACCAGAGAGAGAUGGACCACCUGAUGGAUAAACAUCAACAAGAGAUAUCAAAGUUGAACAUCAGCUUUGAGACUAAGCUACAGGAGCAAAAAGUCGCUGUGGAACAAGAACAGAAGCAACAGUUAAGCCUUAUCAAAGAGGUGACUGAACGGGAACAUGAGCGGAUGCUGUCGGAGCUCAAAGACCAACACGAUGAGGCAUUGCGUCAGCUGAAUACAGAGUUGAGGGAGAGUCUGGAGGCUGCACACCAAGCUGAACUGGAGCAGGCACAGGACCAGAAGAACCUUGAGCUGGAAGCCUUGCGCUUGAGACUGACAAACGUCCACACGUCCGAGCUUGUUUCCCAGGAGGCUGUCACCAGUGCUCAGGCCUCCCUGAGGGAGGAUUUCACCCAGGAGAUAGAACUCCUGCAAGCCCAGUACCAGUUAGACCUGGAGCGUAUCAGGGAGCAGAACCAGACUCAGCAGGACAGACUACGUGAGCUGCAUCAUUGUGACAUGGAAGAAUUGAAGCAGCAGUUUGCAGAAGAAAAGGGUUUUACAGAAGAGAAGCAGACCAAAGAGAUACAGGCUCUAAGGUCAGACUGGCUAAUUAAAGCCGAGAGCACCCAAUCGACACUCCAAAACAACCUGACAACCACCCAAACAGAACUUGCCAAAGCACAUGAGACCCUCAAAGAGACCAAAAAAUCUUUAGUCGAAGCACAGGAAUGUUUGACCCAGACUCAGACUGAGCUACAAGAGUCAAAGGCCCAACUGAAGAGCUUACAGACCACCAGUAGGGAGCAGCAGCAGAACUUGGAGGAGGAGCUGAAACAGGCCUGGGCUGACAGGGACGCCGCUGCCCAUCCUCUAGAGGAGUUGCUUUCCAGCCACAAAGCAUUGCUUCAGGAAAAGGAGCAGCAAGUGCGCCACCUACAGGAAAAAGAGCGGCAACUGCAGCAGGAGCAGGUGUUGCAGCUGCAAGAGCAGAAAGACUUGCUGAAAAAGAGCUCGGAGGAGGAAGUAGGACAGUUGUGGGCACAGCUGGACAGCAUGAGGGCCAGUCGUCAAGAUUUAGGAGAGCUUAAGGAGCAGCUGUUGGCUCGCUCGUCCCGCGUCGAUGACAUUGAGCGCCUCAAAGUGGAAUUUAAUGAACAGAAGCGUGAAAUCAAAGAGCAGAACGAGGUUGAGCUGGAGAGCUUGCGGAGAUACUUUGAGCAGCGUUUGCGCGUGUCGGACGAGAGCUACCGAGAAGAAAUCGCUCUGCUCCAGCUGAGACUGGUGGAAGUCGCUUUGGAGGAGUCUGUGCUUAAAACCACUGACAGCAGUUUCGUCUCAGAAGGUCCGACUGAAGAGGAGGAACAUGGCGAACAAUCUGACACCAACCUCAAACUGGAGAAACAGAAGGAAGUGUUUGACACCCCCCUUGAAGAGGAGUUCACUGUGGAGCAGGUGCCUUGUGACCUGACGGACCAUUACGAUGGUGAGUUGCAGAAGAUGAAAAUGUGUCAUUCACUUGAUCUUCAGCAACUCAGGGCCAAACUAUCUGGCCAUCACUUGCAAGAGGUCACUCGUGUCCAAUUGGAGACUGCAAGACAAGUAGAGGUAGAGGUAGAACAAAGGUUAUGGUGUUUCACUGAGGAGCUGCACACAAGAUUGACCCUCAUUCACACCUUGGAGAACACAGUGGCCAUCAUGGACAAGCAACACAAUGCAGAGCUGCAGAAGUUGAAACAGGAGAUUGCUGAAGAGCGCACUUGCCACAAGGAAGCACUGAUGCGUGAGAAGAAACAUGCGCUGGAAGAAAUAACGAGCAUACAAAAGGAGCUCCAGGAGAAGAAUGAAGCCUGGAGUGAUUUCUUAAAGCAGCUGGAAGAGAAGACCUGCUUGGAAAAAUCUCUCAUGGAGGAAAAGGACGAGUUAAUAUCUCUCCAGACCACACUCGAUAACAGUGAGGACUCAAAGGAUUUAAAAGCCAACAAUGAUGUGGAACUCCAAAGUGAGAAGAACAGCAUGGCAAAGGAGAUGAAAGAACUUGCCGUUUUGCUCCAGCAGCAGGCUGACCAGAGUCUUAAACAAGCCCAAGACAGAUUUGAGGAGGAAAAGGCCAUGUUGGAGCAGUGUUUCUCCCAGAAAACUGAAAUCUCUCUGGUUGAGCUUAGGAACAAGCACAAAACCGACCUGAAACAGGAGAGAGCGACACUUCUCAACGAACACUCCAAAGAAAUGGACAGUCUUAUCAUGACACACAAAGCACAACUGGACUCUCUCUGCGCCAGUCACAGAGAUCAGCUCGUAGCCGUGACUGCUGAGCUCGAGUCCAAGCACAAUGCCCAGCUUGUUGCUUUGGAAGCGACUCUCAAUUCCAAGCGCAAGGAAGACCUCCAGGCCCUGGAGGCCAUGUUUCAAGAAACCAGCAAUGCCCAACUUGAGGCAUUAGAAGCCGAGUUGUCCCGGAAACACCAGGAGGAGAUGGAUGAAAUUGAAAACCGGAUGCUUGCUAACAUGGAGACCUUAGAGGCCACAUACUUGAGGGAAAUACAAACUCUGCGUGAGGAAAUGGUGCAAAUGGAACAGAAGCACCAAGCUCUUACCAGUCAAAAAGCGGAAAUGGUGGAGCGUCACAUUGCAGAGCAGGAGUCAAUCAGAGAGGAGCUGCGGAAGGAGAUGGCUCAGUUGCACGUGAACAAGUUCAGGGCCAUGGCUGGCGAGCUCAGCCAUGUUCACCAGGCUGAACUGUCUGCUCAAAAAGAGUCACUAGAUGCUGAAUACUGCAAAGCUCUGAACGAAUUAAAGGCACAGGUUUUACAGCUGGAGCAACAAAACAGCGCUGCUGUCCAGGAACUGACGCACACGUACGUCGCUGAGAAAGAACAACUCUCCCAGCAGCACCAACUCCAACUGCAGGAGCUAAAGGCAAUCUCUGCCCGAGAAUUGGAGGCAUGUCGGAGGGAGCUUGAAGAGGGGUCGUCGAGGCAACGACAGCACUUCCUGGAGGAGGCGGAGCUCCUCAAAGUCCAAUCAGGGGAGAGACUGCAGGACAGGAUUAAUCAUCUCAAGGCUGAUUGUGAGCAGCAGAAAGAGGCGGAGCUUGACGACCUGAGGCGGGCAUUCGCAUCUGUACAGGAAGAGAAGGAGCGCAACUACACAAACAAAAUGAGCCAACUCACUGCCCAACUGCAGCAACUAGAUGCUGUAGUAGCCCAGUUGCGAGCGGAGGUCGGCUGUCUGCAGGGAGAGCUACAACGCAAGCGUGCAGAGAUGGAGACUUUGGACACCCUCCUCCAAAAACGGGAGCGCGAGGGCCAGGAGGGAGACAACCAUCUUAAAAUGCUCACUGAUGACCUGCACACUGCGAAGGAAGAGCGACGGAAACUGCACCAGGCCAAUGACAAGCUGAAGAAGGUGUUAAUCGAGAUGCUUCGCAGCACUAUUGCUACCGAAGAACUGAUUGGGCAGAAGAUCAGUGCCAACAUGUCUACUCAGUCUUCCCAUCAGAGGAACUCAACAGGGACUAUAGGGGCUCAAGAAGCAGAUGUGACUUCUGAGGACAUGGAGCUGACCGAACUUCUCUGUGAGAGUCUCCUGGUUUCAGACACACAGAUCAACCCUGGAGGAGAGGAGGCGGCCAUGAACGCCUGCAGCCGACUGCGCCAGACAGUGGAUACACUCCUGGAGCUGCUCAAUCAAGCCAACACGCAGCUGGAGCAGACUUAUAACAUCCAUGUGUGUUUGGAGGAAAAACUAUCUCAAAGCCAAGAGAACUCGGCCCAACUUGUCGAAGAGCACAAAGUCCUGUCGGAACAAAUUGCCCAUGAGCUUAAGUUAAAGAGUCAGCUGGAGCUGGAACUCCACAAGGCGGAAGGGCUCUUGGAGGGCUAUGUGGCUGAAAAAACGUCUUUAGAGGAGGCCCUGCUGCAGAAGGAGGCGCAAGAGGAAAGAUUAUCGAAGGAGCUGGAAGACCUCAGGUGGAAGGUGCACCAAACAGAUGGCCUCCGCACUGAGCUGAACGGCAUCAGAGCGAAACACCAGGAGCUCAGCGAGGAGCACGCCGCGCUCUUACGCCAGAAAGAGCAUCUCUCUGCCGGCCUUGGGGAGAGGGAGAAAGCUCUGCUGGCAGAGACUGAGCGUUUGACCCAGGACAGGCUGGACUUGCAGCGGCAGGCCGAGAAGGACCGCGACUCUCUGUCGCAGCGCCUCAGGAACCUGGAGAGGGAGUUAGAGGAGCAGGAAACAAAGGGCUUGGAGAUAGAGCAGUACCACAAGACUCACGCCGAAGACCUCAGCCAGCAAGUUCAAGCACUAGAGAAACAGCUCAAACACAAUCGUCAGUUUAUAGAGGAACAAGCCGUUGAGCGCGAGCAUGAGAGAGAUGAGUUCCAACAGGAGAUCAGACGGCUCGAGAGUCAGCCCAGGCAGAUGGCGGGGGGAGACCUCAAAGUGCACAAGUUUGAGGACUUGGUUCUGCAGGUGGAGAAUCUACAAGCGAUCAUCAAAGACAAGAUCGAGGACCACGCCUCUUCAGUGGAAGCCAAUCAGCAAGCGCAGCGGGAUGUUGCCGAGCGCAACGAGGAGAUUGACAAGCUAUUUGGGCGAAUCAGAGCGCUCGAACAAGAGCUGCUCAAUAGCGCCGAAUGCAACAGAUCCGUCGGUCAGCUUGAACAAGAGCUUCACCGUGCAAAGUUGAGAGAAGAGGAGCUCACGCAAGACAAACAAGCACUGGAGCAGCAGCAGUUGACCAACAGGCUACAGAUAUCAGCUUUGCAGUCCAAACUGGAUGAGAGGCGACACUGUUAUCAUGAAAACACGCGCGAACCCACCCAAGAGCUUAGGGAUGCUCUAGAUGCUGCACAGGAAAACCUACAGAGCAAAGAACAAGAGGUUGAAAUUCUACUGGGCCAACUGGACAGUGUGCAGAGAGACUUGAGCAUAAAAGAGGUGGAGCUGAAACACCUCACACUACAGCUGGAGCAGCUCACUUGUGAAAAUGCUGCGCAAGUUCAUGAGCUUCAGGAGCAAAUUGAAAACCUCAAGGAGAAUGUGUCCACCCUUGCCAUACUGGCGGAGGAAAAAAGAAAGGUGGCAGACCUCAUGGAAGAAAGCCUUCCAUCCGCUUUACUGAAGGACAAAAACCAAGAGAUUGACCACCUCAACAAUGAGAUCCAGAGGCUGGAACUGGAGCUGGAGAACACCAGGGACAAUAAGGAUUUGGAGGCUGACCUUCACGAUUUGAGCUCACAAGUGGAGCAUCUUCAAUCCGAAAUCACCAGAUUGCGCCAGGACAGACGUGAAGAGGAGGAGCGCCUCCACGAGGUCAUCAGCACGCUACAGGCAGAGCUUUCCAAGCUCAGUGCCAACGUGCAUGAAGUCAGCGACUCUCAGGACGGCGACAGCAUCAACCACUCGCCAGCUCCUAGCCCGGAACCUCACCACUUCUACCUCCAGGAGCUAGAGAGGCAUUGCGAGCCGCACAGCCUAAAGCAAGAGCUGGGUCUGACUUCUUCUCGGACCCUUCGAUCUCGCAUCAAAGCCCUCCAGAGUCAGCUGGAGACAGUGGUGGCGGAGAAAGAAAGCUUGGAGCGUUUGCUGCACACCCAGGAGAAUGAGUACAGAGGACACGGGGAAGAGUUUGGGCGUAGGCUCACAGCUGAAAGAGAGAAGGUUGAUGAGCUCCAAGGGCUCAUCACGCUCAAGGAAGCCGAGCUGGUGGAAGUCAAGGCCCAGCUUGAAGAGGCCAAGGAGGAGCAAAAAAUAUGUGAAGAUGAGAGGAACGAUUUUAGACUACAAGCCCAGCAGGUGCAAGAAGAGAAAAUGCACCUCACUGCUCAGUUUACUGCACUUCAAGAGAAGGAACAAAACGCGGUUAAAGAGACUGAAGUUUUUAAAGCAAAAGAGCAGGAGAUAAAGAAUGAAAUGGAAGCGCUUCGAGAACGCGGCCUUGCUCUGGAAGAACAAGUCAAGGGCCUUCAAGCUGACAUCAAGGACAGCGAGGAGGCUUUUGCCAAGGAGGCGGAAACACUUGUGACUGUAAGGGUGGAACUGUGGGCUGAAAUUGAGGUGCUCAAGAGGAAGAAGGGGCAACUCCAGGAGGAAAAUGAAAGGCUCCGACAGGAUGUUGCAUCCCUCCAAGACCAAAUUGAAGACCUGAGGGUGCAGCUUCCAGAGAGAGUAAAAAGCCAAGAAAAUGCUCAGAAGAAAGUGCUGAAGCAUUCAGAGGUGGCUGUGACUGAAGCAGAUGCUGCUUUAAGACAGAGGGAGACGGAACUGACCGGACUGAGGGUGGAAAAUCAUGCUUUGAGGGCAGAGUUGACAGCAGUCAAACACAGCUUGAGCAGCAGCACCCAAAGAGCUGAAAAACUACACGAGGGAGAACAGAACAAAAACCAAGCCCUGGUCAACUUGGAGAAUGACAACCACCUUCUGAAAGUAGAGCUUGUACGUCUGCAGGAGGACCUGGCCUUGCACGAAGAGACAUUGGCCCGUCAGCACAAACAACUGCAGCAAGUUAGACAACAAAGGCAUCAGCGAGACACGCUUGCUCACCACAAGGGAUCUUCACCCAAUGAUAUUUCUCAGAGAAUUUUCGAGGCUGGAGUGAUCUUCUACCGUGACGAUGCUGAGCUUAGCUCACCGGAGGUGGUGCGUCAUCUGGAACGCUCUGAAGACGUGUUUAGAGAUCAGCUCCACGCUUCUGUUUUGGGCUCUCAUUUGUCGGAGCUGAGCGCACUUAACACCACUGACGUGGAACACUUUCGGGCCAACAAGUCUCCCGUGGUCCCCAUGGAGCCGCCUUUCUCCAGGACGAUCACCCCUGACCUGGCCACGCAAAGCAGCCACUCCCCUCGGUCUCUGUCCUUCUCGGAUAACUUGGACUCCGUCGGCGCAAGUAAAGUGUGUGAUUUUGAAGGACAUGACCUAACGGCGCCGCCAUCGUUACUUGGCUCCACCUCUUCCUUAUCAGCACCAGAGCGGGCCAGUGAUGGCUACGGCAGCAAUGUGAGCUCGGAACUGGGCGCCAGGCUGAGAGUGGAGCUGGACCAGACAGAGAGGCUGGAUGCUCAGUUUGUGGAGUAUCUCCGCUGCAGGGGCAUGAACCCCACUGCGAACACUGACAGUGCUGCAGGCAGCAUGAGCUACAGUGAUGACCUGCUGUCUCCAGAGCUUCAGGCGGUGUUAAGGAAAGUGUACCAAGAAAGCUGUAGAAUACUCACCCUGUCCCAGCGACGUCCCCUGUCGCAUGUCCGGGCAUUAAGCGCAAUCUCACACCUUCACGAGGAUGAGGGCCCCACUUCACUGAACCAGGGGGAUAAAUCCUCCUCCGAGCCCCCUAUGAGCUGGCAGCAAGAGAAGAGGGCUCUGCAGGAGACGGUGAUCGCACUGCGGGAGCUGCUCUGUAGGAUGGCCCAGAGACGCACACGUACUGACUCCAGGAGUGAUGGCGACAUAGAGCAGCUGCAAAUGGAAUCUCAAACCAGAGCGGAGCUGCUCGAAGAGAGCCGGAAACGGCUGUCAUGUGCACAUGAAACUCAGCAGGAACAAAAGAACAAGAUACAGUCGCUCAGGUUGACUAUAGAAGAGUGUGAAGAGGCCUUGAAGAAAGAGCAGACUCGAGCCGAGGAGCUCCAGCAGCAGCUAGAGCAGGAACAAGCACUCAGCUUGUGGCGCGAGAAAGAGGUGGAGCAGAAGAUAGAGCUAAUGCAAACUUCUUCUGAAGAGCAGAAGGCAGAGGUAAUGGCCCUCAAGGGUCAGGUGGAGCAGGAGAGGGUAACCUGCAGCAACCUGAAACGAGAGCUCCAGAUAGAACAGUCCCGCAGUGUUCUCUUUGAGAAACAUUUGGACGACUUGCAGAAAAAGUUGGAAGAAAAACGCCAACAAUACGCCGGCCAACAAGAGCUUCACUUGCAGGAGAAGUCUCGCAUGGAGCGAUUGCUAACCGAUUUGGAAUCCCGCUUGUCCGAUGUCCGCUCAAAGUUGGCAGACGCCCACGGGAUGCUGGAUGAAGAGCGGGACCGCUGCUCGAAACGGCUGCAGGAGAUGAGUCGCAAGCAAGAAGAAGACGCUGCCAGAGACGGGAAGUUCAUCACCGACCUGCGCCUGCAGCUGGAGCAGAAGCGAAGGCAAGGGGAGGAGCUGGCGGCCGAAGUGGAAAAGCUGAAGGCGGAGCUUCUGCAGAACAGGAGGCAAUGGGAGGAGGACAUGAGCAGGGAGGAGGCCGCCACCCGGCAUCGUGUAGCUGCGCAGAAACAGGACGCCGACCGCGCUUUAGAGGUUGAGCGAGAGCGAUCGAGGCGCCAGGGGGCGGAGCUUGCCGAGCUGAAAGAGAGGAUACAGCUGCUGAAGGACAACGAGAAGGAGCGGGAGGAGGAGUGGGAGAGGGAAAAGAGGAAGGGCUGGCAGGAGCAGAGGGAACGGGAGGGACGGCAGGAAAGGACCAACAACAAACUGCGCGACUACGAGUUGUUAAGGCAGCAGGACAAGCAGCGCAUGGACGAGCUGCAACGCACCCUGACUGAACUCCAAAGGGAGGAGAGACAGGUGACCGCCCAGAGGAUGUCUGCACUGAGUGGCGAACGCCAUCAGACUGACGCUGCCAAUGACGGGAGCUCACUGCAAAGCCAGAUCCUGUCCGUCACGUCGCCCAGCCUACUAGAGAGGACUAUAAGCAAGAACUCUGAGCUAACGCAGCGUGUGACAUCGCUAAGUCAGGAGAGAACCGCCCUGAAGCACAAACUUUCCUACCUGGAGCAUCAGCUGCGCCGUGCCGAGGGUGAACUCGCUAACGUCGCCGUAAAGAGCAAAAACAUAGCAAUUGGUGACGUGACCCAGUCAAACAAGUUGCAGCGGUUGUACGGACGCUACCUGCGUGCUGAGAGAUUCCGGAAUUCCUUGGUGUACCAGAAACGCUACCUGCUGCUUCUCCUGGGAGGAUUCCAGGAGGGUGAGCAGGCCACUUUGUGCCUUAUUGCCAGAAUGGGAGGAUGGCCCUCACCCUUGCCGUCAUCCCGAACGCCCCUGAGAAGAUUUAGGACUGCCGUGCGUGUAGUCAUCGCCAUCUCGAGGAUGAAGUUUUUGAUCAGGAAAUGGCAGAGAUUAUCUGGGUGUGGGAAUGUUAAUGGACAUGCUGCGGGGUUUAAAGCAGAGGUUUUACGUCAGCAGCAGCCACGCUCGAAUUCUGAGUCGCCACCAAAAAGAGAUGCCGUGUCUGCUCUUGUACCACCAAACAAAUCACCCGUCAGGCUGCGCAACAGGUCCCUUUCCAGCUCAACACUAACCUCUGACGCAACAUCUCAAGAUCCAGAAAGAGCUUUAACUGAAUACAUCCAAGAACUAGAGAAAUUCCAACAACGAUUGGUGGGCUCCAAGCCAGGUUCUUCUCUUCUCCAGCAUGACCCCAAGAAGUCGGACCACUAAGACCGGCUAACAUUUGCCUUACAUCCAUCCAUACAUGUCUUUUUUUUUAAUAUGUAUUGUGAUUUUUUUUUUAGGUACAUAAAUUAUUUUUUGUUUUCUUAUAUAUACCUCGUUGUUAUGAAGGUUAAAAAUGUUUUUUUUGUCAAUUUUAAAUAGUGUUGUAUUUUUCUACUAAUGUUUUACACCAAUAUAUGUACUGUUAUGUAUGAUUUUUGCACUGGAAAAUCAUGUUUCUCAACAUAGCUGCGUGUACAUAUUUCCCGCCAUUGUUUUUUUUUUGUUUUUUUUAAUUGUUAGUAUUUCUACUGUUGAGAUAAUAAAUAUUUUAAAUGUGA